UUGCUUCGCGGUUCGGAUGAACUACAUUUCCCAGCAGCCCUUUACAUUUCCGACGAGCAUGCAUUCUGCUCCUCCCUUUGCUGGUUUGUAUUAUCGGGGCGCUUGAGUUCGUACCUGUUAUGCAGCUGCUGAAGGGAGUCAUGGCCAACUUCCGGAUAGCACUUAUCCAGCUUCAAGUAUCUGCUGCCAAAAAAGACAACCUGGACCGAGUUGCUGGACUUGUAAAGACUGCAGCUGCACAAGGAGCAAAACUUGUAGUUCUGCCAGAAUGCUUCAAUUCUCCCUAUGGCACACAAUAUUUUCCAGAGUAUGCAGAGAAAAUUCCUGGUGAGUCUACACAGAAGCUCUCUGAAGUUGCAAAGGAAUGCAACAUAUACUUGAUUGGAGGUUCUAUUCCUGAAGAGGAUGCUGGGAAGUUGUACAAUACAUGUACUGUUUUUGGUCCUGAUGGUGCUAUGUUAGCAAAGCACAGAAAGAUUCAUUUGUUUGACAUCAAUGUUCCUGGGAAAAUCCGGUUCCAGGAGUCUGAAACUCUGAGCCCUGGCAAUAGUUUCUCUGUAUUUGAUACUCCAUUCUGCAAGAUAGGACUUGGGAUCUGCUACGACAUCCGCUUUGCUGAGCUUGCUCAGAUCUAUGCACAGAAAGGUUGCCAGCUCUUAGUGUAUCCUGGGGCUUUCAAUCUGACUACAGGUCCUGCCCACUGGGAGCUGCUGCAGAGAGGACGAGCUGUUGAUAACCAGGUCUAUGUGGCUGCUGUAUCUCCUGCUAGGGAUGAAAAGGCAUCUUAUGUAGCCUGGGGACAUAGCACUGUAGUAAAUCCAUGGGGGGAAGUCAUAGCCAAAGCAGGCACUGAGGAAACUGUUAUAUAUGCUGAGAUAGACCUAAAGAAACUUAUAGAAGUUCGUCAACAAAUCCCCAUUUUGUCUCAAAAACGUUCUGACCUUUACACUGUUCAAGCAAAGACUGAAUGAUAUACAUAGUAUCUUGAAUCUGUACACACCUUUCCUUUUCCUGUAUCCAUCUUCAGUGAUAUAAAAAUUUUUUAAAUGAUGUGACCAUGGUAGAAGAAACAAUUAAACCCAAUCUGUUUAAACAAUUAAACCCAGUUAUCAGUUUCCCAGGCCAGUUUGGCCAGGGAUCCUGGAGGGGUUUUUUUGCUAUCUAGAAUUCUGUGAGUCUAUAAACAUCUUGAAUUCUGCUUAACUAUCUAGAGCCAAGAGUAGGCAUCCCAUAGCAUGCAUGCCAAAUGGUAGCAUGGCAGCCUCGUUUUAUGGGGGUGUAGUUAAGCUGCAACAGCCUGGAAUGAAACUCAGUUUGGACCUGCAUAACCAGAGCUCCUUUUGGCUCCAUCCCAAUGAAUGUCAGCAGACCCACACCAACAAUUCAUGAUGAUUGGACAGGUGUAUGGCAUUGCUGCUCAGUGCACUGACUUGAAGGCAGGUGUCAGAUGUUACUGCACACAUUUGUGCCACCACCUGAACAGCAGAAGCUGCUGCUGUCCCUGCCCACAUCAAAUAGAGCUGCUUCCAUAACUGCUAGGGACAGGAGCUGCCUGGAACAGUAAGAGAGUGGAGGCCUAUUUGGAACUAGAUAUGUAACUGAUCAUGUGCUGCACUUGGUUGUCUCUUCUCCAGCAGAGCUUUUCAUACUUGAAAGGGACAGCAGUAGGGAAGGAGGUGAGAAGAGACCCAAGGCCAGGCUCAGGUUGUGGCUAGGAUGCAGAAUGGCAAGCUAGAAGCCAACAAUCCUGAGCAGGCACCCAUCCUGGAGCAGUCAUUUCAAAUUACUGUGAACUGUGAUAGCUCUGAGAGUGAAAGUUUAAGUAUAAACUUCCCCACUGACUAAAGGCUACUUCCAUAUUCAGAGGUGGGAAACAUCAGGGGAAGACCAUGGCCUCCAUGCCCUGUCGUUUGGCUUUCCAGGGCAACAUGGAUUACUAGUCUGUUCUUAAGGUAUCCUCAUGCCUAUAAGGAUUUGACUCAUAAAACAUCUUUUAGUACUAGACAUUAUGCACUAUUUUCAUCCAUUGCAAUCACAUUCACGUGUGCACUAUAAGCAAAAUCACGGAUGCUGACAUUUUAAAAGCAGCAAUAUUUUAGUCCUUUAUUCCCAUGCAAAAAAAGUUUGUAGACAUCAUUUGGAGUGUACCUGACCCUAGCCUCCCUGACCCAAAUAAACCUUUUCUCCAAAGAGUAGAAUGCCCAUCACUUGUAAGAGAAUGUCUUCCAUCUACAACCCAUAGCUCUGUAAUGUAGAGAUUAGAGGAAAGCUUGCUUGUGCAAGUGACUGAGGUAGGGGGAAUUGUCACAGAUAUAGCCAGGAAGAUAGGGAACAGUUGCUGAACUUGACCAAAAAAAAUUAUAGAUAACGUUUCUAAGAGGCUUGCCUGGCCUCUCAGCUAAUGCCUCAAAGGGAGUUCAGAGACCCAGCACAGAAUAGCUUUGAGGGACAAGAAAUUUCAAAAGGCAACACAAUUAUAUGGCCUUGUAUAGAUUAGAAGCCGCCUUACUCCUAUCAAUAGACAUUAUUUGUGGAGGCCCAGCUGCAGAAAGUGUUUAAUAAUGGCAGGAAUGUCCAACUUCACUGAAGUGAAGAUAUUGUUUGAAGAUGGAUACGCUGAUUGAGGGCCAAAAGAAAUUCAUAUAUAUAUGAGAAACUUGUAAUCAACAUUUUUAAAUAGACUUUGUUAAGAUAAAAUGUCGCAAAGGUAAACUAACUUUUUAUAUAUUUUAAGAUAUUUAAAGUAUGGUGUUUGAAGUUAUGAGUUAGCCAAGAAUGUGCUCCCCCAUCAACUGGGACAGUUAGCUAUUGCUCAGACAUGCUUUUCAGAUCCUAUAAAUAUGGAAAGUUGAAUUGAGAACUUUUUCUCAGAAGGGUCUCUUUGUUCGUGACCUUUUUAUCUUUGGGGUAAGGAACUGUUAUGGACUUGGGUAAUUGCUCUCCUUUAUGCUAUCUAUGUAACAAUGAUAGAUAUUUAAUCAAAUAUUUUACGCCACCACUUUUGUCUAUAUCAAUAAUAAAGUUUCCAUAUUCAUA